AUGAUCCGCGAGGCCAUCGAAGGCGCGUUGAGGACGAACGGCAAGUUCACCGGCGAAGCUAUUGUACGAACGCCGUACAAGCCCGGCGGGGGCGGCGGCAAGGUGGCGGGUAAGGUUACAUUCCUGGUGUCGCCCAUUGAGGUGGCUCAGGAGGUGAUGGACCAGGCGCAGCGAGACGCGGAAGAGCUGUCCCGCCGUACAGUCCACCCGGCGCUCGUACAGGCACAAGGCCGCAGGUUUCAGUCCUUGGAUGUGCUAGGCCUCGGUCCGGGGGGUGCAGGGCGCUUGAAGUCUGACGGCGAGGGGGAAGAAGACGGGGAGGAGGCGGGGAGAGGGUUCUCUCGCAAGGGAAGCCGCCGCCUUGGCAGAGGCGGCGACGGCAAGUUCCUUCACGACUUCCGCCUUGACGAGGCGGAAACGGCAGCGACGGCGGCGGCGGCGGCGGACAACACUGUGAGCGCUGCAUGGCGGCGGGGCGGCCCCUCGCCAGCGCCGAAGUACCGUUAUCUUGUGGUAAGCGACCCGCGGGUCAAUAACGAGUCGGAUCACGACCCGAGCGACGAGGACGCUGAGCUGGCGGUGACGGCGCCGGCGGCGGGCGGGCCGCAGGAGGAGAUAUCGGACGGUGAGGAAACCGUUGAGGAGGGAGAGGAAGAGGCCGAGCCUGUACGGCGGCAACAGUACGACUACCGACUGCGAUUGGAUCCUGCUAAGAGCGUCGGGGGCAUGGCGGGCGCGUUACUCCAGGCACUGUCGCGCCAUCUCGUGGUUCUCAGCGAGGUGGUGGGCCCAGACGACUUGUACCAGGCGGUCAAGGUGGUGGCCACGGCAAGAGGCUUUCUCCAGCAGCAGCAGCAGCAGCAGCGGAGCAGAGAACCGCAGAGCGCAACAGCUGACGGCGACGGCGCCGCCAACGUCGGCGGGCGGUACGGCACCCAGUUGGGCGCCCUAAGGCAGCCGCCGCAGCAGCAGCGGGGGGGAAAGGGGGUGAUGAAGUCAUUGAAGGACAAGCCAGAGCCGGAGCCGGCAUCCGGCGGCGAGUUAGCGCUGCAGGUCCUGCUUCCUAAACAGCCAUACAUUCGGUCGGGUGGGUACGGCAGCAAGUACGGCAGCAGCGGCGGCAAUGGCAAUCCCAGCGGUGACAUGGAGCGGCAGCGCGUGUGGCGGCUGUAUUCGCAUCGAGUGCCCAUUGUCGCUUUGGCGGGCGUUGUUCCGGCAUCGGAGGCGCAUGUACGGCUGUACGUCAACCGUACGACGGAUGCGAGAGAGCUGGCGGACCGUUUGGGUCCCGCGGUGGUUCGUGAGGGUCAAGUGGUGCUCUUAGCUGCAGGCCGCGAUGCUUUGGUGGUAGCGCUGGCGGCCGUUGUUCGCACGCGCAGCUGGCUGGCUGCGACAAGCAACAAUGCUACACCGAUGACGGCAACAGCUGUAGCAACUGGUGGUUUCGGAGCUGAUCUAGACGUGGCCGUGUACCCUUCCUGGUGUGGCGGCGCGGAGGGAGGGGAGGGGACUACGGGGCCCCCGGGGGGGAGGGAGGGCAAGGACGGAGGCGGGGAUGUGUUUCGGAUGUUGGAGCUGCUGGUGCGGCUGUGCCGGGGCUGCCGUCCCGACGUACGGGUGAUGGGGACGGAUGAGUUGCUGCCGCCUGUCGCAUGA